UAAUGCGGGAAAGGGAGAGAGAGGGAGAGGAGGACCGCUGGAUGGACAGGGAGCUCAGCGAAGACGAGCGGCGAGCUCUUCGGUGUAGCAAGUUCGCACCACUCCCAUCGCUUCCUCUGCGAACCCUUCCAAGGUUGGCCCACCCAAAUGGACCUAUAGCAACAAACAAAGCUGCAGCUUUAGCAAAGUUUCUUGAGAGAAAGCUUCAGCAAUCAGAUGGACUUGAUUCAUUAGAUCCAAAGCUUCUAGAGUUGGCUGUGAAAAAUGCAAAAGAAACGGUCAAUGCAAGUAAUGGUGGAGCCUCGAGUAGUGGAAGGUUUGUUCGGCAUGUUGCUUCUUUUGGUGACACCUCCGAGGAUGCUUCGGAAGAAUUGCCAGAUGAAAACAAAGAAGAAACUGUGCCUGAGAAAAAGAAACGAAAAAAGGUAUCAAUAGGGAAGGAAGAAAUGCAGAAGAAAAAGAAGAAACGCAAGAAUUUGAAAGUUCUGACAAGCAGAAAGCAGAAGUUUAAAUCAUGAUAUGCAACUAGUCAUAUUUAAUCAUAUAAUCUGCUGCUGAUUAAAAAGCAAAAAAAAGGCUGAGGAUUUAUAGCUAGCAGUUUCCAUGAUUUUUUAACUUCUUUCUAGGGGGAAAAGUGAUUGAUUUUUACAUAUAUUUAUUUUCCAUCAAUUGCUUAAUUAUAACUGUAGUUUUUUUUAGGGAAUCAACAGCUGUAGAAUUUGUAGAUUUAAGUAUGCUAUCAGAAGUACAAUUAGUUUUCCUUAAUGUUUGUUUUUUUUUCUUUAAUGCCCUGUUUUGUAUCUUUAAUC